AUGACUUCUUUACCACCUCUUGAACCUACAAUAUCACAAUUACAUACACUUAGUGCGGAAAGUCUUAUCUAUGAAAAGCAACGUUUAGAAAAUUCUAUAUUUCAUUUAAAUAGAUCGAAUGAAGACAUGAAAGAAUUUGAUGAGAAUGAUAAAGAUUUUCAAUUGGCAAUAAAGGAGAAUGAAGAUCUUAUCGCAAGGAAUCGUGAAAAGAUCAAGAUAAUCCAGGAUUUGUUGAAGGAAAGGCAGCAGCAAAAUGGCAAUACUUGUAUAAGUGCCGAAAGUCUUGUACAGAAUGUGACCAAUUCAAAUUCAAUUCAGCAAGCAGUUAAUACACAACAAGAAACAUUGUCAACAACAACCGAUAUACAAAUAGAUGACAAUACCUUUAACAACACACAAGAUGAGUCCGAAGAUGGAAUUUAUCUAUAA